AACGUCUGUAGUCUGUUACCAAGAUGUCAUUUUCUGAACUACAAUACCCAGGAAGCACCUGCGGUCACAACAACCGUGCCAAACGUUCUACUCAAAGAAGCCGGAAUUUUAAGCCUUUUCUGCGAUAUGAGGUGUUGUUUCCUGUAGCCCACCAUGGCACCAGGGGAUGUGGUGCCAGAGCAUGCCAAGCAGCAGAAGUCUAAGGACAAACGUGCAGGAAACAGGGCAUUGAAAGCAGAAUGUGAGCCUGACGGGUCAUUUGUCUUUGAGGCUCAUGAAGCUUGGAAGGACUUCCAUAACUCUCUCAGGCAUUUCUAUGAAGUCGGGGAGCUGUGUGACGUCACAUUGAAGGUUGGCAGUAGGUUGAUACCAUGUCACAAGUUAGUUCUAGCUUGUGUUAUCCCCUACUUCCGGGCGAUGUUCCUAUCAGACAUGUCUGAAGCCAAACAGGAUUUUAUAGAGAUUAAAGACUUUGAUGGAGAUGCCAUCCAGGACUUAGUGCACUUUGCCUACUCCUCUAAACUCACCCUAACUGUUGACAACGUCCAACCACUGCUUUAUGCUGCUUGCAUCCUACAGGUUGAGCUGGUUGCUAGAGCUUGCUGUGAGUACAUGAAGGCCCAUUUCCACCCCACCAACUGCCUGGCAGUUCGAACCUUUGCGGAGAGCCACAAUCGUGUGGAUCUGAUGGACAUGGCCGACCGCUACGCCUGUGAGCACUUCACUGAGGUGGUGGAGUGUGAGGAUUUCACGUGCGUGUCACCCCAACACCUGCGCACAUUAUUGUCCUCUAGUGACCUCAAUAUCCACUCAGAGAUACAAGUGUAUAAUGCAGCUGUGAAGUGGCUGAAAGCGAACCCGCAGCACCAUGAAGCCUGGCUGGACCAGAUCAUGUCUCAGGUGCGGCUCCCACUGCUGCCGGUUGAGUUUCUGACAGGAACAGUGGCAAAAGAAGAGAUGAUCAAAGGUAACCUGGACUGCCGUGACCUGAUGGAUGAGGCCAGAAACUACCAUCUCCACCUCAGUAACAAGGUGGUUCCAGACUUUGAGUAUUCUGUCCGCACUGUCCCACGGAGACACACGGCAGGGGUUCUGUUCUGUGUGGGAGGCCGGGGAGGUUCUGGAGACCCAUUUCGCAGCAUCGAAUGCUACUCAAUCACUAAAAACAGCUGGUUCUUUGGUCCUGAAAUGAACAGCAGACGGCGUCAUGUUGGUGUAAUAUCUGUCGGAGGUAAAGUUUAUGCUGUUGGCGGCCAUGAUGGUAAUGAACACUUGGGGGAUAUGGAGAUGUUUGAUCCACUCACCAACAAGUGGAUGAUGAAAGCCUCCAUGAAUACCAAAAGGAGGGGGAUAGCACUGGCAGCUCUCGGUUGUCCUAUAUAUGCUAUUGGGGGUCUUGAUGACAACUCCUGCUUCAAUGAUGUGGAGCGUUACGACAUUGAAAAUGACAGCUGGAGCGCUGUGACCCCGAUGAACACACCCAGAGGAGGAGUUGGAUCUGUUGCUUUGGGGAGUUACGUGUACGCAGUGGGAGGUAAUGAUGGCGUGGCAUCACUAUCCAGUGUGGAGAGGUUCAACCCUCACCUCAACAAGUGGACGGAAGUCUGCGAGAUGGGCCAGCGGCGGGCUGGAAAUGGAGUCAGUAAACUCAAUGGCUGCCUCUACGUUGUUGGCGGCUUUGAUGACAACUCUCCCCUGAGCUCCGUCGAACGUUUUGAUCCCCGGAUGCACCGCUGGGAGUACGUGGCGGAGCUCACCACCCCGCGCGGUGGAGUCGGGGUUGCCACUGUAAUGGGCAGAGUGUUUGCAGUUGGAGGACACAAUGGAAACAUAUACCUGAACACAGUGGAGGCUUUUGAGCCGAGGAUGAACAGAUGGGAACUGGUGGGUUCUGUGUCCCACUGCCGAGCCGGAGCCGGAGUAGCCGUGUGCUCGUGUCACGUCAGCAAGAUCAGAGACAUCGGCCAGGGCUCCAGCAACGUGGUCAACUGCAUGUGACAAUCGCAGAGUCGCUCCCAAAUCCCAAUCGCAGCACAGAGCAGGCAGAGCUACUCACCUUCACGCUGAAGACUGAUGUUCGGUCUACACAAAGUAUCUGAGAAAUAUUAGGGAGAAGUAACAGACUUGAACUAAGAAAAUACACACUGACAAACUUCAUUUAAUGUUUCUAGACUCCUGCUGGUGUUGUUUGCAAUCUUUGAUGAAGUAUUUUGUACUGUAGUUUCUUCUGUUUGUUCGUUUUGACGUUUUUGAGUAGACAUUAUUUGCUGUGCUUUUAUUUAAGACAAAUCUCCUGAGAGUGAUCAUAUUCAGAAGAAUAAAGACUGUAAUGGGGCGGCCAGUAUGUAAGUAUAUAUGGUUAUCCCUGAGAAGACUGCCACUACGGCGCUGCACUUGUUUCAUUUAUCCAGAGUGAUGUGACAGAUCAGAACUUUAUUUGAUCAUCUAUCUGAGUUAGGAUGUGAAGCUGUUUUUAACUUUUUCUUUAUUCUCACUCCGUUUUCAGGUGUUUUUUUCCCCAGUUUUAUGCAGAUCUAGCUGCCGUUUAUGCUUUGAAUGAUCCUUUAAGGAACAUUGCUGGUCAGUGCACUUUAGAAACAAAUCAGUCCUCAUUUUAGGACCUUUCACACUCGGGGAAUCACACUCCUGCAAGUGCCAAACAGAAAAAAAAAAAAGAACUGACAAAUCUAGUAGAAAUCUGUUGAAUUUCUUAUUGUUUCUUUAUUGCUGGUAGGUGUGUCAUAAAGAGAUCAAAGCAAUGUGUUGCACCUCUUUAACUUGAACUUAGUUUGACAAUAUUUACAUAAAAAAUUGAGAUUUGUGAAUGAUGAUAGCUGGACUGUCAGAAAUCCUAAUCAUUGUGUUUUUAGGUUUGUACUCGAUUCAGAUUAGGUUUGUAUCUGCAGAUGUUUCCAUUAUAUUUCAAUAUAUAAACAUUUUUGUAUAAUAAACAAUUCCUAACUAUAUAAUCCAUUUCUGUUCUCUAUUUUCCUAGAAUAGACGUGAGGUCUGAGUAUAUUUUUGUCCAAAUUGGAAAAUGUCAGGUUAUAUGUUCACACUGUAUGUUAAUUUAACACAAGUGGUUCUGCCAUAUGGAAGAAUAAAAUAUAUAUAACUGUAGGCAAGGUUUUCACAACAGGAAUACAGAUAACUGUCUGACAUAUGGUUUGUACAAGAUUAAAGUGUUGCACAGAUCUUGUGGAGGAAUUGUGAAAUUUAUCCUUUUUCUAGCAAACUUGAAGCCAAUUUUGUCUUUUUAAAAGUGUAAAAAGUGUGUUUGACUAUAUUGUGCUUUGUGGACAUAGUGUUGGUAUGAAAUGGUUCAGUAAAGUUGUGUUUGAAUAUUA